AUGGACGUUGUCGAUGCCUCCUUCAGCAAAAGGUUCGAUGAACAACACGCCACUCACAGCUCUUCGGUACCCAUGAUCAAGCAGCCGGCUGAGGAGGAGCAGGCCCAAUCGACCGAGAAGAAGACGAAAGUCGACCCCAUGCCAUGGUCAAGCAGUAGUGCGGAGGAUACGGAGGUAUGA